AUGACAGAUGAUAUGAUAUCAUCCAAGACGCUCGUCGUUUGGUCUCCUACGGGUCAGCAGUAUGUGCUCGAGUUUGUUACUCCAACAACGGAAAGCGUUACUUAUGAGCUUACCUGUGAUACAGUUCAUCACAAAAAUUUCAAGAAUGAACACUGCCAAACUCGAAGAUUGAACGGUAUCACUGAAGAGCUGUACACCUAUAACAAUUAUUUGAUAUGGAAUGCAAGCUCCGAGUUUUCCGCACAGUUCCCAAAACUUAUACAUGAAACAGAAACUCCUAUUGUGACAGCAUGCUGGGCAUCGUUUUUCUUGCCGUCUUCUCAUUCCGACAGCUUUAUUCCUAAGGUGACUGCCAGCACAUCUGGAAGGUUGCAACAGGGCAUUGCAAUUUUCGAAGCGGAACGCCUGACAUUUAUCAGUUCUGAAGGAGAACAAUUCACAGCUCGCCUUCCUUGUCGAGUCGGUUCAGCUUGGCCUUUGGAAACUUGCAUUCUUCUUGAGCGUCAGAGGCCUACCCAGCAGAUCAGUGGAGCUUCCGGUGCGGUAAAACACAACAGUCAGCAAAAAUCUUCACGAACUUCAUUUACCAUGUUCAGCCUGUCCCACCCACUGGACGAAGCUGCUCCGGUUCUGCUCAAAAUCCCACUCCCAACAGGAGGGUUUGGGGUAUCUUUUAUUUCGGAUGUUGACCUCAAGGUCAUGACCGCUUUCGCAUGCUCCAAUCUAAUCCUGACCAGACAUUUGGUGACCGGUGUCCAUUCCCUAUGGAAGUUACAAUCAGCUGUACCAGAAGAUUACGCACAUUUAUACGAGGUUGGAGAGGAUGGACGUGCUUGUGUGGCUCCUUACGCUCUUCGACAGGAAGUCGGAGGACUUACGAAAUCGACAAACAACCUUCCAGAACAUACCAAUGCAACACAUUUGAUCAUUACUCCAUCUCUUGGCAUGCCAAAAUCUACGCGACUCACUCCCCCUCCAAUGGGUCGUUCUGUCGCUCUCCAGACCCCGAACUCUCAACAGAAAGUUUGCCUAAGUCCGUUUGCGGCUUCAUUAUCGCGCUUGACCGGUGGAGGUUGUCCAGCCCCAGAAGGAAGUUCGAAAUGGGAGUCUCCCCUCACACAAGUCAUUCACUACCAAAAGGCGAGUCCUUUCACUCCCACCAACUUGGUUGCCCAAAUAAGCCGCCUUUCAAGUGUUCGUGCGGCGCGCCAAUCCUCGUCCGUCAGUACAGUUACAGGCUUAUCUGCACCAUCCAGCACACGACCGUUCAUUCCGGGCACGCAGGUGAAGUUAAACCUACUUCAGCCAACCUACCAGACCACCGGGUCUCCCUUCGGGCUGUCCAGCAACAGUCCACUUCUUAUGCGCUCUGGAUCCACUGCUGUGAACCGAAAUGCUUGUGGACCACACGACAUUCAUCAUAAUAUCUCAGCAGCCCCGGCAAUAGUGGAUUCGUAUGGUGUUGAAGAUUUGCUAGGCGAACCUCUUUUGCCAAAAGUCUGUUUGCGGUUGAUAUGGACAGAACCAACCCAGUGCUCGAAAACUUCACGAAUUCGAAUCCGUUGGAACUCCAAGGUGGAAGGUGAUGCCGACACCAAUCAGCCCCUAAAAUGUAUCCAUACUACGCCAGCUAUCUCACUUCCUCCUGCUAACCGACGACUUUUGGAUCUCUCUCGACAAAGUACUCCUACCACUUUGAGUCCGAAGUCAAACUGUGCUCUCCAGCCAGAAGUAUUCUUGCCACUUUUGCCACAGGUUCCACAGUGCUCUUUCGCGCUUCCCGUCGAUUCAGCGCAGACCAACGCUGCUCAGUUGUCCAAGCCGGUGGCCUUUUGGGCUGUUGACUUAUCUUCCACAGCUUGGAUUUGUUUUCUAACAUCACGAUCUCAUCAGAAGGGUCGAGUGACGAGCCUGGCCUGUUUCCCAGUUCCUGCUGACUUGGCCACACAAGAACCCUCAGAGGCACCAUCCCUCGCUCACUGGCCUCUAUCUUAUCUGCCAGCCACUGAUGCCGUGUACGUGCCCGUAUCCCGCCUUACUGCCUGUCUCGAGUUGGGAACCGGAGUCAUCCUGUACACCGGGAUUACUAAGAUAUGCGUUCUUGGUGUCGGCCCCCCACCGUUGUUUUCAACUCGAUCUUCAGUCGCUAGUCAUCGGACGCUGGUACGGAACCGGAAAAAUCGUGCACCUCAAUCGGUUCACUGUCCAUUUGCAAUCCGACCGGAUUCGACCGCACUGGAUUGUCUGAAUGAGCACACGGUCCCGAACAUUUUAAACCGAGUAGACUCCUGUAUCCGUGAUUUCUUGUCAGCUGGUAUUUCAGGAGACUUGGGUUGCACUGACACUCACAAACGAUUCGCGAAUUGGUUCGUCCGGACCGUUGAACCCGUAACAAACUGCGGCAUCACACCUGUUGCCAAUUGCUCCACAAUCGAUGAUGCUUCUGGAAAUUCGUUCAACUUCAGGCUCACUGACAUGGUGAAUCCUACUCAAGAUAACCAACCGCUACGAGUUUAUCUUCCGUCAGUAUCGGAAGAUGAGCUUGUCCAGCGUUGUCUGGUUUCUCUGAAACAGAGUUUGCCACCCGAUGUCAGUUUACACCUGCUGAGUCGUUGGUUCGCAGUAAACAACGCUCCUGGCAUAUCAUGCAUCCAGUUCGAUCCACCUUCAACUCCUUUUAUUGGAUCGCCUGAGUGGAUACGCUUUACCCAGUUCAUGCUUCAAGCCUGUGGGUUCGUAUUCCUCAGUGACUACGAAAGCGCUCAGCAACCUGUCCACUCUGGCGAUAGGACUCCUGUCGGUCCAAUACCACCAGUUACCCAAUCGGAGCCCCGUCUUGGGAAACGUCAACGUGCGCAAACACAUGACUCAGCUAACUCUUGGGAAGAGCUCUGUACACUUCUGGGCGACUGUACUAUCGCGGAUCCGUCAUUACUGGCCAAUAAAGGUACUCUGGCCGACCAGACUCCUGACCGAAUUGAACGCUUUUCUUUACACCUGUCUUCUGCCAUCCGGACAGAUCCUGCCAGUCGCACCGUUCUAUCAAAUCUACCGACUAUUUUGCUCAGCUGUCAUCUUGUAUAUGAAGAAGCGAAACUGAAUCGAAUUAUGAUGCCACACUUGCUACCCUUGGCGUCAUUCAAUGUCAUCUUGAGUCGUACGCUGAGCCUAGAGUCAUAUCUCGCCUACUACUUCACCGAAUGGCCCGAGUUGACUACUUUUGGACUAUUGCCAUCAGACUGGAAGCUGCCUAGCGAAUCUGUGGUGUGGCCCACCUCAAUGCCUACUGAUUAUGCACCCUCUUUGAUUGUCUGGAUGAUCAAGCAGCUGGAGCUUUCAGCCUCGGUUUCACCCUCUCAACCCUAUGUUCAUUUAUCCGGUGUCAAUGACCUGGCUGCAACUAUGGCGGGAAUGAUUUUGGCAGCAUUGUGUCCGCCAGAAGUCAUGUAUCCAAUGGCCAAUCGAGACAACGAGGGCGAAGGAGUCAGAAUUCAGCAUUUGGUCGAUUGGUGGAAUGCACGCAUUUGUCACGUGGAUCAUCCUGGAAUUUCGAAUGCGUCUCACAGUUUAUCCUACACCUUAGGUAACUUUCAAUCUCAUUCCGCUUCUAUGACACCUGCUGAGGCUCUGCAGUCUUCUCUGGACUCUUUGGGACCGUUUCGGAAGGCGUUUGUCAAAACUUUGUUUGCGGCUAGCACAAUCAAAGCUUUCGACCAAUUAUCCGCAGGCGAAACCAGCAAACAGAGUUCGAGUCAGAUGAGCUCACCACAUAACUUGGCUAUCAUCUUUCUCAGCCAGUUGGAUGAGAGUUCGUCUGAUACUCAUUCUUCACUGGAUAGCCGUUUGCGUUCUCUUCCAGAUGCCUUGUCAACGUUGCUGAAUCUGUGGUUAAGCCGUUCUUGUGCGAACCCCCCACCUGAUUGUGCUCCCAACGUUUACCGUCUCAUGAGACGUGAUGAUCUGGCUCGCAUGGCGGAGCUUUCGUCCAUGGGCAAAUCAAUUCCGGGAAAACGAGUGUUAUCAACGGACGAAGCUUCUCGGAAAACUCCAUUCAAAACCACCGCACUCUCUCUGAUCCCCAAUCAACAUGCUCCUUCCCACUCGUCCCACUCUGAGACUGACAUUUGGGCUGGUUCUGUUUUGCCCUGGUAUCAACUUCCCCUUCCGUCUGUUUGUGCCAGGGACAGCGGCGCUCGAAACUUGCUUUCUAAUCGGCAUCGCCUACUCUGGCAACUGGAGAACAACCCGGCUAGCCAGGUUUCGUUCAAGAAUCCACAUUCAUCCAUCAUGCUUAAUUUGAAAGAUGCUUGCAAUUCGCAGGAUGAUCUUCGUUUGCGCGAGGCUUAUCGACUGCUCCAGGCCAGUAGCCACAUUCGCCUUCCCCGCCUCAGUUCCAGUGAUACAGUAGCAAGUACUACCACGUCAGAUGAAACUACUAGUGAACAAGGUUCAAAGCUUUUGGAAUCUCGCUUGGCUAUGCACGUUGCAGCAGCUGGAGUGCGGGUCUGGGCAUCCGCUGUUGGGCGUGGUAUGCUCGGUUUGGGCAACCUACAGGGAUCGCGCGUACCAACACAGCUACGUGUUCCAACUAUUUGUUUACGCGGGCGAGCUGUAUCACCGACCAGCGGUCGACGUGGUUUGUUCGAUUUGGCCCGUGAUUCUCCCAGUCCACUGCCUCCAACUAACAAUCCUGGAGCCGGUAUCGGUGUUGCCGGGAUUGGCCGAGUUGAUGCUGUGGCUCUUGAUGGUGCCGGGGGGCUAAUAGGAGAUACCGCUGCAGGCGAAAGACGAACUCCAGCUUUAAACGGAGUGCUUCCUACCGGAAACGACUUGACUGGGGUACCAUUCACUGAAGCUGUCGACGCCUCAAACCAUCCAGGUAACGCCUUGACGUUGGCAGUAGCCUCUGCCGUUGCAGCAAGUGGUGCUGGAGCUGCACUUCGUACUGCGGCUUUAGAUCUUCCUCGAAUGGUUCUUCGAGGCGGUUUGGCCGCAGUUGCAACCAAUUCAGCAUCUUCCACGGCCUCUCUCUUGUCGACUGCCAACUUACACCAGACGCCUGCUGUAUUGGCUGCAAAGCACUGGCCCGAAUUCCACAACGGGGUUUCUGUGGGAUUAAGUAUUGCGCCAAAUGCUUCCGUCGAUGCCACCUGGAUCAUGUACAACUGCCGAUCCGCGGGAACGAAUUCAGACAAUCGUGCCACUGGAGCGGCGAAUUCCACGACCCAACUCCCCACUCCGGAACAAGCUGGACUUUUGUUCGGUCUCGGUCUGAACGGUCACCUGAAUAAAAUGACUCCGUUUGAUAUCGGGGAGUAUUUGGUUCGUGUUCAUGAUCUGCAUAAUAUGGCGGUAUUGCUUGGUCUGUGCGCAGGAAGACGAGGGAGCAUGGAUCAGUCAGUUCUUCGCCUAUUGGCGAUCCAUUAUCGACCUCUAUUGCCCUCAGAUCCUCUGGUACAUGUUCAACUCGCGGUGCCAAGUCUGUGCCAAGCCGCAGCUGUAUUCGGCUUAGGAUUACUUUAUCAGGGUUCUGCUCAUCGGCAUAUCACGAAUUUGCUCAUCACAGAGUUAGGACGGUCGCUCAAUGGGAGCACACCUGGCGGAACCGGUUCGAAGGGCCUCCAGCCCGACGGGGAUACACAGCACCAGACGGGAGGAAGUACAAGCAAUACAACGGGACCGGCUUCCUCUGGUGGAUGGACAGGUGCUGCAGGUUCCGGUGGACUUGCCGGAGAUAGCUGUGAACUUAUUGCACUUUCAGCUGGUCUCGCUCUUGGACUCGUGUUAUUACAACGUGGCGAUUCGCCUUGUGGAUUGUCAGACCUUCCGUGGGCAGAACAGCUACACGCAUACAUGAUUGGUGCACCACGGGUGACUCGCUUGCCUGGAUCCUCUGGAUACAAACAUGGUAGCCUCAACUUCGCUGAAGAUAUUUGUGCUUGGACUGAAGCUCCCGGUCGGUUGCCGCUACGCCGUGCAUCCGGUAUGACAGCAUAUCGACCUGGCUUCGCAUCAGCACCACCAGAUGAUGGCCUUUCUACUCGGUCAACAAGGAAUGAUCUGUCGCGUGUAUCGGAUCCUGGUGGACUUCGUAACGCGCUCCUUACUGACGCUGGACUGUUAUGGGAUGUUUCACCACUCGCAGCUGAAUCACAUCAGGACCUUGAUAUGCUUCCUCUUCCAGGUGAAGGGCGUGGGCGACUGGGUACUCGCACAACUCGAUCUGUAAAUGCGGUUUCACCAUAUACAGGUUCAGAAAGGGUUGAUUUCACAGGUCGGUCGAUUGACCGACGAGGUCCACCUGACUUAGGAAUGUUUCAAGCCAGUUCUGCGAAUCCUCAGAUCAGAGAACUUGACUGCUAUAAUGCGGAUGUCAGCGCACCCGGAGCAAUAAUGGCUUUAGGCAUGGCUUACCUUGGUAGUGGAAGUGCAACAAUCAGCUCUUGGCUCGUCGCUCCCAGUUCCCUCACCCAGCUGGAGUUGAUCCGUCCAGACCUUCUUUUGUUCCGUGCACUUGCACAUGGGUUGGUCAACUGGCACUCUAUCGUACCUACAAUUGAAUGGAUCCGAUCAUUCUGUCCCCCAGUGCUUCUAGAUCGACUGUCUCGUUUGUCACAGUCUGCUUCCAACCAAAGUUUGCAUAACCCUACCCUGAACGAUGUCGCUGAUGUGCCUACUGACCCCUUAUUGGCUGAGCUGUCCAGCGAAGACGAUGUGGAAAAUCGGUGUCCGGAUUUGCCUGUCACCAGUGCAAUCGAGGGUAGAACACGGGCUGCGUCUCGUGGGCCUAAUCAAGCAUCUACCACUUUUUCUGUCCCGUCUUCCGUUUUGUUGAACCGCAGCACCCGCUCCACUCCUAGAAGACCUCAAAAUCUCGUUGUCCGAGGCCAGUCAUUGACAGCCGAACCAACUGAUGCCGGUCGGCGUGACAAACUGUUUGCAGGAUUGCAAAGUUGGGAAAAUCAAUUCUCUGUGGAUUCAUCUGGAAGAGUGGACGGAGAAGCUCUAGGUUUGGCUUACUUGAAUAUACUCACGGGACGAGCAUUUGUCCUCGGAUUACGUUAUGCUGGCACUUGUCAUGCUGGUGCUGCUUCUUUACUGUUUGAUGUGGCGAAGUCAAUCCUCGAUGGCUCCUGGUGGCCCAACAUAUCCGAAGUCUCUCCCACGGACCACCACUCAGCUGUUUCUCCACCUAGACCCACUCUAGAACUCGCCGCAGCACAUUGCCUCCUAGCACUUUCAAUGAUACUGGCCGGUUCAGGAAACGUGACUGUUCUUCGUUUGGUACGACAGUUACGCGCCAUACGGCUGUUUCACGCGAAAAAUGUUGAUCCGAAUAAUCGACCCUUGGACACCGAUUCACAGUUUAAAAUUCCUUGGAUGAACAUCGCCCGACUGAACGCGGUAGCGUCUGCUGCAGCUAAAGCCGCAGCAAGUAAUGCGAGUUCUGCGCUUAAUUCCUCAAACAGCGCGACAAGUGGACACAUAUCUAUCGCUGCUGUAUUUGGCGUUGCGUUGGGACCAUCUUUUGGCAUCCAAUUGAUCUAUUCCACCAUUGUGGGUCUCCUUUUCCUCGGUGGCGGCAGACUGACGUUGUCCAACACGCCAGAGGCUGCAGCAUUGCUUUCUAUUGCGUUUCUGCCCAUACUACCAAACUUCUCGGGCGACAAUUGGUACCAUCUUCAAGCUUUGCGGCAUAUGUACGUGUUGGCCACUCGUCCCAGACGUCUGUGUGCUGUUGAUGUUGAUACUGGACGUAUCGUGCUAUCUGAUAUGUACGCAAUGCUCAAGAAUCCACCGACGUUCGUUUCGUCUAAGGAUACGGCUGUUUUCCCCACUAAUCGACUCGACGACUUUGCUUGGAUAGAAAGCAACCGCGGAUCAGACAAAUACUGGCCGACGAUAUUUCACAAUGGAACACUCAACUGGGAACACUUGAAAUGUGCACUCGAAUCUGCCGGAUACUUCUUUGUCAAACGACGGAAUAAGAAUGAUGAGAACGAUCUAUUCAAACACUGGUUUGGGAGUGAUGCACCCGGCCGUAUAACGGACUUGCGAACGCUGUAUCAGCUGAAAUUGAUCGUCACCUUCUUGAGACGAUUCCCUCCGACGCAACAGGGAACCACGAAACAACCUGUUUACUCAAGUACAAUCACUUUUAAUCCGAGUAAAGCUUUGGCUGCGGCCGUCACUGAGCAGUUUGUCCAAAAAUUCAAAGACGUUACGCAAUCGCUACAACUGUACUACUUCGGUAACCAUCACGGGGAUUCAAGCCCUUCUUUGCAGCUGUCAACAGCGUUUCGGGUUUGGUUCAGUUUACCUGACCGUCACGUCCUUUCGCCCAUACUAUCACGGGUUGGAGCUCAACCUACUCUUUCUCAGUUCUUAACGGUAAUUCGUUCUACUUGCCCUUCGUUGACUCCAGUCACCAAUAUCUUUUGGUUGCACAAAUUCUUGUAUCCGCAAACACCAGAACCGAGAUCAGGUGAUCUAAUUAACUGUUGACCGACGGACACACUUGAGACCUGCUUGUUCUAUUCCAUCCUGGUCGGCUUAUGUACUCUGUACUCUUGUAAAUAUCCUCCCAUUUUCGG